GUGGAAUAUUAGUCGGAUUGACGGUAGAUAAAGAAAAUGUUUUUCCGCCGAGUUUUUGCAAAAAAUAAUGGCAACUCUUCGACGAGUGGCGAAGGAGCACCAUCAGCGUCGAAUUCUGCCAAUAACGUGAGCUGUUCCCCUGCUCGCUAUCGGCGUGCCCUAAAUGUGGAAGAUAACCAUCGUGUGUUGUCGGUGCUACAAUUGACACCUCUUUGGGAGUAUAUCAUUAGAAAUAAUGAGCUUCCGGAAGGAUUGAAUAUGAACGAACUGUUCCGGGAGUUUUUAGAGAGGUUGCAUGAUCCGGAAUAUCAAGUUCGUCAGCAUUCGCUGCGAGUGCUGAUAGAUGUGUUGAUUGUGCUCCGGGAUGAAUCGGAUGUGUACUUUGGACCGCUGCUACCUCCCAUAAUCGACAAUUUGGGUCAUCCUUCACCUGCAGUUCGGAAAGGGGCUUUGGAUGUUUUAAAAGUGUAUAUAGCCCAAACGAAGAUGCCGGAAACGGUUAUGCUGGAGAUUAUGAACUACGGGAUGGAUCGUAAUCCAAAAGAUCCUCUAAGCACACGCUACAUAGUUGGUGUGAUGUUAGCACUGCCCUCCCUUAUCCAACCAGCUAUCCUUACAGCCAAACGUACAUUCAUUCUACGAGCAGUUAUCAAUGCUUUGGGAGGAAAAAUGGUGCAGAUAACGUAUCAGGAAAUUGCUUUGAAAAUUUUACUCAAAAUAAAAAAUGCCAUCGGCUCUCGAGAGUUCUACGAGUGUAUAUCGGUUUCAUACAGGAGGGAUUUUGAUUUGUUGUGUAACGUUUAUGGGCUUCCUAAUCCCCCUAAGAGUCCCAGACGAGAAACGGUAAUCAAUCUAACACCACCGGGAUCUGAACUUCCUACUAGGAAAUCGUGGAAGCCUCAUGUUCCACUUGUUCCGGCUACAGAAACACAUCAACCUAUGCAGCCGCUUUCCCCAAAAGCUCAGCGUUGGAAAUCGGGAAGCUACAACGAUAUAUCCAGGGCGGAGGGCUACGAUUACGAGCCGAAAACUAGGAUCAGGGGUUCGGACGGACGAUUGAAUGUGAACCCCUACGCCGUCAGUAAACUGCCACAUCAUGGAAGCUCGGUUGUUCGAAGGGUUAGUUCCGAUGCCAUCACCAGAUUAGACGAUUCGAAGCUAAUCAUGGAAACUGAGAUCAAGAUCAAUAAAGAAGCAGUUACAAUGCGAAUUCUUGAAGCCGAUAGCACCCAAUCGGUGAGUGAAGAAAGUGAUGAAGAUAAUUCAAAGAGAUACGGCGUAGUGCGAGUUUUAACUGAUAGUGAAGUUGAUGAAAAAACGAUUGGUGCUUCUAGUAUAGGCAACGAACCGUCCUCAGAUGAUUACGUUAGACAAACUCCCCGAAGAGUACGAUUUGGUGGGGAGGUUGUGAAAAUGAGGACUCCCGAUAGUGAUACAUUCGAACAAAGUGAUCAAGAUGGAUUAACAAUUUCCCAGUCUUCUAGUUCUAGUGCUUUAAAUAAUGCAAACAGUCAGCACAAUCCUUCGAUGAAUGCCAGCUCUUCCGAACGAUCUUCACCCAUACGAUCUGCUCUUAAAUCUUCUACAUCAACGGAUAGAUCAAGCACUUCAUUUAGACGACAAUACUCGCAAUCAGCAGACACGGAACGAUCUUCGCCGCCUGUCAGCAACGAAUAUGUGAACACAAACCACCGACCGAUGUCUGCCAAGACUAGUAGCUAUGUUAGCUCGGAAGAAGAUCCCUAUCCGAAACAUGUAGCCUUCGCUCGUAGACGCAGUAUCACUUACGAUGACGAGGACCUGCGAAGUUCAACUAUAUCAGCGCUGGCUCUAGAUCCCCACGCAACGCCAACACCAACGCCUGAGCCACCAGAUCCCCCAGAACCUCCCCGAGAGCGACCCAAAACUUCGCGUCCCAAAUCCGGUAGGGCCCCUCCCGUUGAAUCUGCUGAAGAACCUAGCGAAAGUAACGAAUCUUCUCCUCCCAAAGAAGAACCUCAAACACCCGACACUCAAAGCCAUCCUGAGCCACCGGAAAGUAAUCACAUUCUGGCGGAAAAAAUUGAAGAAGUCAAGCAAGCCAUCCAAGGUAUUGAAGAAAAAAUCAACAAUGUGGUGCUUAAAACCGCAGAAGCAAUCGCAGAACUACCGUGUAGUCCUGCCAAACUCGUGAAAGCUGAAUCAGCCGAUUCGGCUUCGAACUCCUCGCCAAAAUUACAGAAACCUAACCUAUCGUUGGAGGUACUACUAGACACCAGUACCGAUACCAGAAAAAAUCUGGAAAACUGUGACGACAAUGAGCUCGAAAUCAAAGAUUACACCAAAGAACUGAACAUCGUUAUUCCUGCGGAAGAAAAACCUAACAAUGACGCGCCCCCGUCUGUUAUCCCAAAACUCCCCAGCGGUCCAUCCAGGAUACCAAAGAUGGUCAAAAUGGGCGUCCCGAAACAUAGCACAAUGCCAUCACCAAACAGACUAAUGCCAUCUCCUAAAAUCGGUGGACCAGACACAAGUAAUCCCUCAAGUGCAGCCCUAUCUCCACAUAAGCUUACGGUCAGCGAACGUGGUCGAACUCGACGUCGUAGUCGCUCGGCAACGAUGAACACCUUCAAGCGAAGCGUCUAUGUCAGCCCUUCGACGCUGAGCCCCGCACCGCAUAGCGAGAUAGAAAUCAUGCACAAUCUUCUUAGCAGCCCCUUGGCAUCUCCCAAUCGAAACCGGCGGAAAAGUUCUGCAGGAAAUUAUCUGCUUAAGGAAAACGACAACAACAACAAUAAUCUGGAUAUGGAUAAUCUCAACAAUGGAACCAAAAGUGACAAAUGUGUCAACGUUAACGAAGACGAUAUUUAUGACGUAUUUGGUAAGACGAUUGCAACGCAAACCUCGACAGAAGUUCUGGAAGACACAACGGCUCCGUUUAGUUUGAUGCCUUCCAGAGCUGGCACGGAAACGGAUAUGCAAACAUGCACAAUAGAUGUCACCGCUGUUGAUAGUAAUGCGAAUCGGAUAAGUAGUGCCAGUCUUAUGUCUCCAUCUGCCAGAUCGCAACGUUCAAGCUCACCCAGAAUCAUAGAACCAAGAAUCAUAAACUCCUGGGAAGAUCUCGGAAUCGUCGAUCGCUCAGUUCUGACUCAACUCAAAAGUGGAGACUGGCGGAUACGAUCCCAAGGCUUCUGUGCCAUCGAAGAAUCCCUCAAGUCGUCGGAAAACCUGGCCAAAGUGCAGCCAUACCUGGAAUCGCUCCUCAAAACACUGCUUUCGUCCGAGCGGAAUCCCGAUAUCAUCGACGACAAGGUCCGGAUGCUGAUCAACCUGAUAUCGCGCCUUCCGCUCGAGAAUCUCGAAGACCGGGUAACGCAAAUUUUGACCGGCCUGUGCCGCCUGGGUGGUCCCGGAAGUAACAACGUUGCCAAGGCGCUCAUGCAACGACUGCCAACGGCCGCCAUCGUCCAGCGGCUGCUCUCCGAUGAAUUCCUCCAUGCCAAAAGUUCCAAGUUCCGUGAGAAUGCACUGCAAAUGGUUCUCUUUGCACUGAUGACAUUCCCCAGCACGUACUUCGACAUCAAAACGCUCAUAUCAAGAACAGCUGAGGCUGCCGUCGAUCGGAAAAAGCGAGUGCGACAUGGGGCGCUCGAUGUGCUAGCAGUAUUAGGCCAAAUCAGCUCGCCUAAACUGGUCCUAGACGUGAUAUGUAGCUCGAUUGCGCAACGUCCCGAUGGCAAUCAUCUGAUAGCGGCCGUCAAGGCGCGUCUGGCGCGGAAACAGCUUCCAUUCAUUGGUCCAGAUGGAACCGUCGAAUACGCGUUGAAGGUUCCCUCCUGUCGGAACAGUUCUGUCAUAAUGUUCGGAGCCGACGUGGAUUGGAUAGAAGCCGGAAGUGGAUCGGCAUCACCAACAUCGAUGCGCUCUCGGCGAUAUCCUAGCUUUCAGGUUGAUAGCGGUGGAUCGUUCGAUGAAUAUAAAAGCCAUGCUAGAAAGCCAAGCUUCCAAGUGUACGAUGAAGUGAAACAACCAAUUGAGUCUAGCAAAGUUAGUACCAGCGGUUGGUCUUCUAAGAUUCCUGUGAGUCAUCCGUUUUCGGAAAAUAAUAUUCCUUCUAAUAAUGGAUCAAGAACUUUGUAUGGCAAUAUGCAAUCGCGGUCAUAUCCGGAGCUUUCCGAACAACAGCAGCAGCAACAGCAACAGCAAAAUUUGCGAAGAGUUCCUCAAAAUGGCAAUGGGGCUGCCAAAAUGCCAACGUCCAAUGGUAACGGAAAUGGCCGACACGGCAGGCAACAACCACAACAACAACAACAACAGGCGACGAUUUCAAGGUUUCCGGAAAUGGACACCAGGCCGAAUGGAAGGAAUGCGAAAAACAGCAACCCAUAUGAGAUGAAACCGACCCGGCCGAGUCGAGGAAAAUUGUGCUCAAGGAUGAGUGAUGGCUUCAUGAGUGAUACCAUCGCCACCGCCCAGAGGAUGCUACAGAACGAGUCUCGUCCUUCGACGGAUCCGGCCAUUGACAACGGGGCGAUACGGCAGUCGCGGAAUGGAAUGAGGUUUUACAAUCCGAACCUCAUGACAAGCAACAACAAACAACAAUUAAGCACGCAUGUGCAAAAACCGGAACUGGAUCUGCGUCCUAAUUUAUCACCCAGCAAGAGCUACGGCGGCUACCAAAACCACAACAAUAACGGCAACAGUAAUAACGGUCGAUUUUUCACGGGUGCCGAACACCCCGAGACGCCUCACAGGCCUCGCUUUCUCGGAGAAAACGAAGCACCUGGCGGUGGAAUCAAUCAGGAAAGCUACAUCAUACACCGUGACGAGCAGUACGAUAGUGAAAAUGAUGAAAAAUCCAGUAACGAUUCCACCUCCACACGCAUUAUAUCUAAUAGCACGUUUAACUUCAGUGGCAAGGGAAGUGAUCCUUAUCCACCACCCACUCCUAGCAUCGGCCACUUGCCCUCGAGGCCGCAGUCGGUGACCUCGCACAAAUCCAUCGGGUCGGGGAUAUUGAAAAGCGAUGGUAGAUUAUCGCGGACAAGCAACAUAUUUUCCAGUAAUCCUUCAAUAAAACAAUCAACCGAUAAUGUAUCAAUUAAAUCUGGUCGUUCGGCAAAGAUUCGAGAAACUGAUACAUGGUAUGAACGUGAGGAAACUCCGAUGCGAAGUGAGGAUGUUAUCAGUUCUAACCAAGUGCAAUACGAAUCGGAUUACGACGAGGAAAUUGAUGAAGAACCUCCAGCACUUCAGAGAACAAUUACCCCAAAACGAUAUCCGACGCCGAGUCCUUUCCCAUUGCAAACUUCUUACUCGACCGAAGAGCUUUCUAACAACAACUACAAUCCAAUAGAUGAAUCUCGUGGUUCACCACCGAAAAGCCGUGUUCAAUCUGCUAGCUUGGGCAACUUACAGCAGCUGCCUGAUGAAGAAGAAGAUGAACCCAUUCAGCCAGAGCCAGAGAAGAAAGUACUAAAGAAACCGUAUCUCGUUCGUAAAAGUAGCAAAAUUGUUCCUGCAAAAGAACUAGUCCUUCCAGCAGCGGUCAAGAACAAGGGUAAAGUCACAAACGUUAUUUUUCAGAAAACCCUUAGAAAAUUUGAAAAACCGAAAGACGCGCUUACUAACUGCAUUAUUCAUCUAGAAAGCCCUAAUUGGGAACAAAAUAUAACUGGUUUGCAAAUAUUUGUGCGUCUCAUACGGCACCAUCCGGAGAUGAUCGACAAUCAGAUUCAUCUACUGUCGGUAGCUCUAGCCCGGCAAGUGCGAAAUCUUAGAUCUCAAGUGGCACGAGCUGCCUGUCAAGCUUCGACCGAGUUCUUCUGUACCCAUCGACGCUGUAUUGAAGGCGAAGCGGAAGACAUUGCUACGCAUUUACUUCACCGCACGGCUGACACCAACAAGUUCCUGCGAGCGGAUGCAACUCGAGCGCUCGAAUCUAUGUGUGAAAACCUGUCGACACCGAAAGUGAUCCACAUCAUUACUUUCAAAGGUGCAACUCAUCAGAAUGCUAUCGUGCGAACAACUGCCGCCAAAUUGCUUGACAAGAUCGUUCGACAGAUUGGCAGCGACAAGGUAUUCACACUGCCCAAGGAAUCACGCGACAAGCUCGUUCUCACCGGUGCCCAACUGCUGCUGGAGGGAUCACUUGAUACGCGCAACUACACCAAGAGCAUGUUCAAACAGCUCUCUGAGCAUCCAAACUACAACAAAGUAUUAUUGGAAGUGAUUCCACCACGCACCUAUCGAAACAUUGAGAAAACACUCAAAAGCAUUCGCCAGUUAUAAGCAGACGAUGCGUGUUACUAAACUUCAUUCACAUAUGUUGAUAAAUGUAUAUCUGUAAUUGGAGUAGUUUUCUUUCUGUUACUGUUCGAUUUUUUAUCAAUUCACUAGUGAAAAAUUAUCGAUUACCCUCAUAUGUACUGUAAUAUAAUAUAUUAUCAAAU